CCGCCGCGAUGGUGCCGCUGUGGCGGUCCCGCUGCCUCGGCCGCGCGCUGGGCCGCUCGCUGCGCGCCCUCCGACAGGGGAACUGUACUCUGGCAAGAUCCCCUCUGUCUGGUGUGUCUGGGAGCCAAGGCCUGGCUUACACAAACAGCAGGAAGCUUAUAGUGAACAGCUCCAGUGUCUUCACUGUCCGCUACUUCAGAACCACUGCGGUACAUAGGGAUGACGUGGUUACGGUGAACACACCAGCCUUUGCAGAGUCAGUCACAGAAGGAGAUGUCAGGUGGGAGAAAGCUGUUGGAGACACAGUGGCGGAAGAUGAAGUGGUGUGUGAGAUUGAAACAGACAAGACAUCAGUGCAAGUUCCAGCCCCAGCAGCUGGUGUGAUUGAAGCCCUUCUGGUACCCGAUGGUGGCAAAGUGGAAGGGGGGACACCUCUAUUCAAACUCAGGAAAACUGGAGCUGCUCCUGCCAAGGCUACACCAGCAGCAGCCCCUCCUCCUCCUGCAGCCCCUGAACCUGCAGCUGCGCCUGCUCCUCCCCCUGCUGCAGCACCAAUUCCCACUACAAUGCCACCAGUGCCGCCUGUGUCAACUCAGCCCAUCGACAGCAAACCAGUGUCUGCUGUGAAGCCGGCUGCAGCCCCAGCGGCAGCCCCUCCUGGGGAGGCAGUGCCCACCAAAGGUGCCAGAUCAGAGCAUAGGGUGAAAAUGAAUAGGAUGCGUCAGCGUAUUGCUCAGCGGCUGAAAGAGGCUCAGAAUACUUGUGCCAUGCUGACCACUUUCAAUGAGAUUGACAUGAGCAACAUCCGGGAGAUGAGAGCUGUACACAAGGAUACCUUUCUGAAAAAGCACAACCUGAAGCUAGGUUUCAUGUCAGCUUUUGUGAAAGCUGCGGCCUUUGCUCUGCAGGACCAGCCUGUUGUGAAUGCGGUGAUUGAUGACACGACCAAAGAGAUUGUGUACAGGGACUAUGUGGACAUCAGUGUUGCUGUAGCAACCCCCCGGGGUCUGGUGGUCCCUGUGGUUAGGAAUGUAGAAAACAUGAACUUUGCUGACAUAGAGCGUGCUAUCUACGAGCUGGGGGAGAAGGCACGGAAGAAUGAACUGGCCAUUGAAGACAUGGACGGUGGCACUUUCACAAUCAGCAAUGGUGGGGUUUUUGGGUCACUCUUUGGAACACCUAUCAUUAACCCACCCCAGUCUGCCAUCUUAGGCAUGCAUGCCAUCUUUGACAGGCCUGUGGCUGUGGGAGGCAAGAUCGAGGUGCGGCCGAUGAUGUUCGUGGCGCUGACCUACGACCACCGGCUCAUCGACGGCAGAGAGGCCGUCACCUUCCUGCGCAAGAUCAAGGCAGCGGUGGAGGAUCCCCGCGUGCUGCUGCUCGACCUGUAGGGCAGCCACACCCCCACACAACCCACCCAGGACAGGGCAGCACCAGCAGGGACGAUGCAGGGCAUUCAGGAACUGGCAGGGGUCAUUCCAGUCUUUCUCCCUCCGCUGUGAUUGGAGCUGUCCCAAAGGGAAUUACGGGAAUAGCUCCUACCUCCUUUCCUAUUUUGUUUAAUGAAGGUUUAGUAUCUCACGAGAACUUGCCGUGCAGUGGGCCAGCCACUGAAUGGCACUGCCUUUCCAGAGCCAUCUGCGUGGCAUCCUCUCCCUCACAGCACCAAACUCUCACCUCUAGCUUGUCCUAUACCACUGGAAACUGCUUGCUGCUGCUGUGCUAGGGUACCCUUCCCUGCCCCUCCAUGGCAGGUUCAGCUUUACUGCCUAGCACUGAGGUUCCUGGGAGGGAGAGGAGAGGAAAGGCUACUGUCCUGUCCAUGUUUUGCUUGAAAAUAUUUCACACUCAUCAGCCUUGCAAGGGUGGUCUGACCCCGAGGCCACUUGCAGGAAAAGUUUUGGUCAGAGCAGGGCUUGAGGUAGGUGUCAUGCUUCUGGCAGUGCCCUGGUUACACUCCCUCCACAGACAGUAACACGGGGUGGCAGCUCCCCUACUUUCCCUUGGUGAUUGUCUCUCACCAGCCCAGUCACGGUGGUGUGAAUGUUCGUGUUGGGGUGGGCAGAGCCCGUGACCUCUGUGGAGGCAGCGCUGUUCCUGGGGACAGCCCUUUCACCAUUACAUGCCCGACAGGGGGCUGAGAACCAGCCCCCAGCAGCUGUCCUUGGCACACAGCUCACUGGGUGUGACUGCUGGCUUCCUGCGUGCCCCCAGCCCACACCCAGCUGGGGGGCCAGGCCUUUCAAUGUACAUCCCAGCCCACGGGUGCUGGUUUGGGGGGAGGGGGGCAGUUCUGAAUCCGAUAGCGCACACAUGAAUUGAGGGGUGAGGGGGUUGCUAGUGCCUGCAGAGUCUAUUACUCUUACCCCCUACACAGAACUUGUAACAAAAAUAUUUAACACAGCGGAUUUUAAAUGAAAUAAAACUGUGCAACGACUGCAAGGUGGGGUGUGUUCAAGUGGGUGAGGACUCUGGCAUCAGCAGCAUCCUGAGUGUAGUGCGAGUCCUGUUACCUGGUGGUGAGAGAAAAGAGGCAAUGGGAACUGAGCCCAUUGCUGGUGGUACUAAAUUGAGUAUUCUCUGCCUGUGAACACUGCUGGCCUCAAACCCUCAACCAAAGAAUUGGCUCUUCCCAGCAAAGAGGAGGGAUUUAGGGCUGGAAGUAAUCCUUUUUUAGCAACAGAACUGUAAUAGAUGGUGAGGAAUUCCCAGUGUUAGCUAAAGGGCAUGAUGGCCAAGAGGGAGACCUGAGACAGGCUCAUAAAGUUUUUCAGAAGUUGAAUUUUUACUGCUGCAAUGGAAGAGUUGGAAUUCAUGCAAGUGUGGAAAGGCUGUUGCAAAGGGAGAAAGGAAGCAAGAACAAGGGACAGUGGAAGCUGUCUGUGGUGCUGGGUGUUUCCCUAACAAGAUGUCGUCAUUGGGACAACACAAAAUCAUUUCUGGAUCAUGGCAGGGUUUUCCCAUCUCUGACAUCAACUUCAGAGAUAGUUUACCCUUCCCAGCUACAGCUGAAGAGGGCAGCCCCUUCUAACAGAAAAUGAUUGCACUCACAGCUGCCAAGCAGAGGAAAGGGAGGGCAGUUCCUGAUACUGGUGCCUUCAUUUUCCUGGCAGCUAGGGACAAAAACUGAGUGCAGAGUCAGCUUUUUUUGCCUGGCCCUGGCUAAGGUAGGUUAGGGGAAGAGGAAAAAGCCCUUCCUUGUUCUGGGAAGAGUAGAGAGUCUAAUUCUUGCACAAAUCAGUUGAAUGAAAGAGAAGGUUUUGAUUAAAAAAUGCUGCUUGCACUCAGCCUCUGUGCUGGUUUAGGAUACAGAGGGUCCACCUUGACUUUGUACAUGAGCCUGGGGAUGCCUUUAUUCUGUCUGGAGCUGCAAUAAAUGAAGCCUUCAAUCCAAUCAGGAAGGGAA